AUGUUAUCGACACUUUUUGCAGCAGCUUCAUUGCUGCCUUUGCUUGCUUCGAGUCAACAGCUCAUCGAGGAUCCUGGAAAGUACGGACCUGCUUUGGAGGUCGUGCAUUUGUACUACGACGAGUGGCCCACGGGUAUUGCUGUGUCCUCGUCCGGCCGCAAGUUUUCGAAUUACCCUGGUGCUCUCGAUGGCAACAACACCAACAACGGGUCUAAUGGCAAAUAUACUGUUGCUGAAUUGACUUCGAAUAACACAGAAGCUGCUUAUCCUAAUGCCGAGUGGAACAAUCCUCCUGGAGGAGCUAUCAAUUACACCACUACACCGCCUACAGGCGCCAACUACGCCAACCACUUCAUCGGUGUGCAGAGCGUUGUCGUCGACUCACUCGACCGCCUGUGGGUGCUCGACACAGGCCGCGUCCAAGAUCCCAACGGCACCAUCGUCGAAGCCACCGUGGGAGGCCCAAAACUAGUUGGCAUAAACCUCACCAACAACACCGUCUUCCAGACCAUCAUUUUCCCUGCCAACGUCGCGCCCGGAGACUCCUACCUCAACGACGUUCGCUUCGAUCUACGUCCCAACGUCACUUCCAGCGGCAAAGGCAUCGCCUACAUCACCGACUCCUCCAUCGAAGGUCGCACCGGUCUCGUCAUCGUCGACCUCGGCACCGGCGAAUCCUGGCGUCACUUGCAGGGCUCCACAUACGUAGCUCCCGCCCAACAGUUCCUCGCUUACGUCUGGGGACGUCCCAUUUAUGCCUUUAUGCCCGGCCAACCACUGAGUUUCCAAGGUUUUGGCGCUGACGGAAUCGCGUUGUCUGCUGAUGGUGAGGAUUUGUUCUUUGGGGGUGUGGGGAAGAGGUAUCUUUACUCUGUUCCUACUGCUAGACUCAGAGAUAACGGACCCUUCUCGGAAGCGCUUGCUCAGGCGGCGGUGGUGAGUAGAGGGCAGAAGGGUGUUUCUGAUGGCUAUGAGACCGAUACUAAUGGGUAUAUCUACCAUGGCAAUGCUGAGCAAAACGCCAUCAGUUUCUUCAAUCCGGCUAAUGGGACUGAUGCGCUGUUUGUGAGGGAUCCGAGACUCAAUUGGGUUGAUACGAUGAGUACUGGUACUGAUGGAUAUCUUUACUUUACGAACAACCAGUUGGCCUUCGGUCCGCUGGUGUGGCCUGGUACGGAUAACAGACAGCGUCCUUUUGCGCUUUUCAGGGUCAAGUUGCCUGGCAACGGAACGAAGCCGCUGUUGUGUUGA